AUGAGGUCCCCUGAUGUCCUGCUCUGGCUGGUGCUGCUGUGGGCAUUGGUGUGGGCACAGGGGGCAGGGUCUGUAUGUCCCUCCUGUGGGAGUCCCCCACUGGCACCCCAAGCAGAACGAGCUCUGGUCCUGGAGCUGGCCAAGCAGCAAAUCUUGGAAGCGCUGCACCUGACUAGUCGUCCCAGAAUAUCCCAUCCUCCACCCCAGGCAGCGCUGACCAGAGCUCUUCAGAGACUACAGCCUGGAAGUGUGAGUCCAGUGAAUGGGGAGGAAAUCAUCAGCUUUCCUACCAUCACAGACUCCUCCGCUUCAGCCUGCAGCUCCACGCUCACCUUCCACCUGUCCACUCCUCGGGCGCACCACCUGUACCACGCCCGCCUCUGGCUGCAUGUGCUCCCCAACCUUCCUGGAACCCUUUACUUGAGAAUCAUCCGGUGGAGGCCGAGGAGGAGACGUCGAGGGUCCCGCACCCUCCUGGCUGAGCACCAGAUGAAUACCUCAGGCUGGCACGCCCUGACUCUGCCCUCUAGUGGCUUGAAGAGUGAGGAGUUAAGUGUCCUCAAACUCCAGCUGGAGUGCAGACACCAAGAGGGCAAUAGUACGAUUGCUCCACCACCACAGUGGCUCAUAGACACAGCAGGUGACCAGCGGCCCUUCUUGGAACUUAAGAUCCGGGCCAAUGACCUUGGAACAGGCCGGGCUAGGAGGAGGACCCCCUCCUGUGAGCCUGAGACUCCCUUGUGUUGUAGGAGAGAUUAUUAUGUUGACUUCCAAGAACUGGGAUGGAGGGACUGGAUCCUGCAGCCUGAGGGGUACCAGCUGAAUUACUGCAAUGGGCAGUGCCCCCCACACCUGGCUGGCAGCCCAGGCAUUGCUGCCUCCUUCCAUUCUGCUGUCUUCAGCCUCCUUAAGGCCAACAACCCUUGGCCCUCAAGUACUUCCUGUUGUGUCCCCACUGCCCGAAGACCUCUGUCCCUCCUCUACCUUGACCGUAAUGGCAAUGUGGUCAAGACAGAUGUGCCAGACAUGGUGGUGGAGGCCUGUGGCUGCAGCUAG